AUGCAGCUAGAGUUAUUGAAAAGGGCCGGCAAUGUGGCGAUCGACGUGAAUCCAGCCUCUGGGGUUGAUAUUCAUAUGACACAGCACGGUUCAAACUGGUUGUGGGCCGUGUUUUCGUUGUUCGGCCUGUCGGCGCUUAUCUAUGCCGCCCUAUUCGUUGUCUACGAAUACAAAGGCAAGAAAUUGAACCACUAUGCAGUGGCAGCACCCCUAAGUAUAUCGUUAGUGAUGGCAUUUUCCUAUUUCACGAUGGCGUCUAAUCUGGGCUGGACGGGAAUCCAAGCAGAGUUCAACCACCAAACUACCUCGAGUCAGUUUUAUGAGCCAGGUAUCAGGCAGAUUUUUUACUCGAAGUACGUGGCGUGGUUCCUAACGUGGCCUAUUCUGCUUUAUCUCACGGAACUGACCGGUGUUGCGACUAAAGAUAUCGACACUGUGGCGGAAAGCCUAUCGUUCGUUGAGCUUGCUCACAGCCUUGUUCUGCAGAUUUGCGGUAGUUGGUUUUUUAUCAUUGGCCUGUUGGUGGGAUCGUUGAUCAGAUCCACGUACAAAUGGGGAUAUUGGACCAUGGCAAUUUUUGCUCAACUUCUGGUCACCUUCAUCGUGUUCAAACACCAGUUGCGGGACUUGACCUGUGGUGGCUUGAAACUAGUUCUUCUUCUCUUUACGCACCUGUGCAUUUAUCUGUACUUGAUCGCGUGGGCCCUAACUGAUGGCGGAAAUGUCAUCACUGUGGAUGCAGGACACGUCUUCUUUGGGGUCUUAGAUCUGCUGGUAUUUAUUGUGGUCCCCGGCUUCUUAGCAGCCAUUUCUAUUUCCUUGGGUGAUUUCUCCAAGUUGACCUUCAGGCGUGGGCAUCAUGGCCAUGAUUUGGAAAAACAGGCUGACGUUGAACCCGUUAGACACUCUGGGGAAACCGAGGUUCCUGUUGCCAACGACACUACUCAUGUUGCUGGUACUGGGACCGAGCCCGUGGUCACCAACGAUGUCCCUCGUGAUCCAGUGAUUGCAUAG